UGUUUUAUAAUUGACCAUACGGAUUCGGCUUUUAAAUACCAUUUUUAAAACAAUUACACGUGUCAAACUAGAGUGCGCCAACGGAGUCUUCCUCUUGAGCUUCCUUCAUCACUCACCAGUCACCACUCACCACAGUUUUAAAUAGCGGGAAACCAUAUUCAGUUGCAUUGCAAAUUUGAAAAAACUUUGGAGUGACAUUCUAGUGUUCUACUUUGAAAAUGAGCGAUUCGAAUGCACAAGUUCCUGUUCCGCAUUCUGUAGAGCAGUUGAUACACGAAAUCUGUACGAACCAGAAAAAACAGCCACCUGAUGCCGAAGCAAGACACGCACUCGCUUCUCUCGGCGAAGAAGAAGCUCUCAAUGUUCUCCGUACAAUCGCCGGCCAGACAAUUCGUUAUUCGUUUAGUGGCUUCAUAAAGUACUUGAUCAACCAACGCCACAACAACACAAACGGUUCCCCCCAGAAACGCCCCUGUCUUUCUCCCUCACACUCUCAAAAUCGGAGCCCCGUCAGUGUCGUCCGUUUCAUGAAUCGUUCUCAAGGCCCAAAUGAUGGUGUGAGUCACCCUCCAGUUCCGGAGCCCCCAAGAGGCUCCCCUUUGAGUUCGAGUACGAGUUCACGCAUCGAAGUUAACCGAGCAUUGAUUCCUCAGUACGUUGCGUUGGGAGAAUUGGAGUUCAGGAAGGCUUUUCUUAUUUUAAGUUACAUCGGGAAGAAAAAAUUGGAAGACGCAAUGACUGCUGAUAAAAUUCUGGAGCUGAAAGAUUUAUCAAUGGUCAGAUUUGAGUUGGAGCUUUGGAAAGCUUUCGGAAAUGAUAUGGACCAGAAAGACCGACUGCCCAUAUCAUAUUCUUGUGUCUGGGAUUCUGGAAAAACACACAUCUAUCAUUGUCAUGUAUCCCCUGAUGGCAGUUAUACUUUCAAGGGCCCUUAUCUAAAUCAAACAAAAACUCACUUACAAAGAGAACUGGGAGAUGACAACGUUCUCAUGGUCAAGUUCGAAGAAGACAGUUCUACUAGCCAUUAUGAUGUAUACAGAAAGAUUGGAAGAGAAGGGAUCCUUGUUGGUCUGCGUCGCUACCGGUUUUUUGUGUUUAAAGAUGGAGGAAAAGAAGAAAAGAAGAAGGACCCAACAUCAUCAACUGUCAAGUGUUAUUUUGUGCGCUUGGAAUCUGAUGCAACCAUUGACAAUGGUCAACGUUAUAUUUUAUCUGGAAAAACAGUCUGUGAAGCUAGAGCCUUAUUUAUGCACGUUCACACUGUUUCAAAUAUGGCAAACUAUAUGUCACGGCUUUCUCUAAUUUUGUCCAAGACUAUGAAGUUGGAGUUGGAUUUUUCGAAAGUAAAUGUUGAGACAAUUGAAGAUAUACCUUGCUAUGAUCAAGAUGACAAUCCUGUCUAUAAAGAUGGGAAGCUUCUUAUACAUACAGAUGGAACUGGUUUUAUAUCAGAGGACUUGGCUCUGAAAUGCCCAAAUAAUAUCUUUAAAGGGAAGUGCAAAAAUGAUGACAGCAUUGAGAGAUUUGCUAAUGGGAAAGAAUUUGAAGGGAAGUUUUGUGAGGGGGAUCAGCAAGAAUCUCACAGUGGGGUACCACCUUUGCUAAUGCAGGUCCGUCUCUUCCACAAAGGUCGUGCUGUCAAAGGAACUCUGCUGGUGAACAAGAAGCUUCCUUCUCAAACUAUUCAGAUCAGACCUUCAAUGAUUAAAGUUGAGGCAGAUCCAAAUCUGUCUGGUACUCAGACAAGCAAUUCGUUGGAAAUAGUCAAUACAAGCAAGCAACCAGGAAAGCCGUCUCUAUCUAGGAAUUUAAUUGCAUUGCUUAACUAUGGACGGGUCCCAGAAAGCUUUUUUGUGGAUAUAGUGAGAAAUGCUUUGGAAGAUGCGCACAGUGUCUUCUCCAAUAAACGGAAUGCCUUAAAAGUUUCCCUAAACUAUGGUGGGAUGGAUGAAUUCAUUGUGGCAAGAAUGAUUUUAUCUGGGAUUUGUCUUGAUGAACCAUAUUUGAAGUAUCGUCUGUCUAUACUCCUGAAGGAGGAAAAAAAGGGUCUUCAAGGUGGAAAGCUUCCUGUAACUGAAAGUUAUUACUUAAUGGGGACAGUCGACCCCACUGGAAUCCUGAAGAGUGAUGAAGUUUGCAUCAUACUGAAUGAUGGCCAAGUUUCUUGGGAGAAGGUUUUAGUUUAUCGCAAUCCUGGUUUACAUUUUGGAGAUAUCCAUGUCUUGAAGGCUAAACACGUGAAAGAAUUGGAUGACAUUGUCGGAAAUGCUAAGUAUGCUAUAUUCUUUCCUUGCAAAGGUCCACGGUCUGUGGCAGAUGAGAUAGCAGGGGGGGAUUUUGAUGGUGACAUGUUUUUCGUUUCAAGGAAUCCUGAGCUUUUGAAACAUUUCAGGGAAAGUGAACCAUGGACAUCUAAUCCUUCAACAAAUAACAUGUCCACUAAAAGACCAAGUGACCUUUCGCCCGAGGAAUUGGAGAAUGAGCUUUUUGAGCUUUUCUUGAGUACAAGAUUUCGGCCCAGUUACGCAACAGGUCAGGCAGCUGAUAGUUGGCUAGCAAUAAUGGAUCGGCUCCUAACACUAGGAGAUGAGAGUGCAGCUGAGAAAGCUCUUAUGAAAAAAAACAUUUGCCAGUUGAUUGAUGUAUACUAUGAAUCUUUGGAUGCCCCAAAGAAGAGUGGUAGAAAGAUAGAAGUUCCACAAGAAUUGAAGGCAGAAAUGUUUCCUUGUCACAUGGGAAGGGAUGCUUCAAGUUCUUUUGAAUCCAAAUCUGUCUUGGGAAAAAUUUACAAUACAGUGAAAUCAUAUGUGGCACAAGGAGUAUCCGUGAUAGAAGUUUGGAAACUUCCCUAUUUCAAUGAUGAUGAAGUCCCCGAAGAAUGCAAGAAAAAAUGGAAUGGACUAUAUGAUCAAUAUAGGCAGGAUAUGAGAGCGGCCUUGCAGAAUGGUGGGGAAGACAAAGAUGAGGCCGCCGAUGAAGUCAUUAAAAAAUAUAAAAAGAUAUUAUAUGAGGCGACGGAAUUUGAACAGAGCACAAGGAAGGUACAGGAGAUCUAUGAUGAGGCUCUUGCCAUAUAUAACGUGGCUUAUGACUAUGCUAAGAGACUGGCAGCAGUUGGUUAUUGUAGCUUUGCUUGGAAAGUUGCAGGUUCAGCUCUAUGCAAACUUUAUGCUAUGAAACAGGGCGAAAGAACUAUGGUUUGUUUACCUUCAGUACUUAAAGAAAUCUUUGGCUGAAAAAAUGUUGCUAUAAAUAAUGUAUCCCUGUUGUAAUAUAAAUCAAAUCAAGUCUUGUGUAAUAUAAUAGCCUAGGGCCCUAGUGUAUUCAUAUUAGAAAUCUUUUCCUCAUCAAUCAUCAUUUUCUUCAAGGGUUUGUUGCUAUU